GUGGGGAUGUGGUAGCCCCCGUGGGAGUUUCCGCAGAGAGAGGCCGAAGGGAGGGUGGGGAGCUCCCGUCUCGUCUGCGGGGCCUGGAGCGUGGCGUGGGCGCAGGUGCGUGUGCCCGGCCGGCACUGGCAUUGGUGCACGUGUGCCUGGCACGAAGCCCACGGGACCCACGCUCCUGGCGUGGCUAACAGCCGCGAGACGUACGGGGGCUGCUGAAAGCGGGAGCUGGACGUGGGGUGGGCCCUCGGUCACUGUCUGUCUCUGUGCGAGCAGCUCCCAGGCUGACGGCCGGGAAGGCCUAGGAGGGAGCCCCGUCUCGGGCCCCACACCCCCAGCACCCAGCCCCGGGCCCCAAAGGCCACUUCCUCCCAGCAGGGCCCAGGGCUCCUUGGAGACUGGUGAAGAGGAGCACCCUGGGGACAAGGGCCAUGGCGGGAGCCCUCCCGCCACCGCCCCGCUGCCGGGUCAUCAAAGCUCAGGGCCCCGCUGGUCGUGAGAACAGUCACGGCCCGUUCUUGUGGCGCUGGCUUCCGUGGAAGACAGAUUCGUCUCCCCCAAAGUCCGUUAUUUCGCUGUUGUGGCUGGAGCCCGGCGCCCAGGUCCCCACGCCCCGAGGUUCUGGGACAGGGCGCUUGGGUCUCGUCUGAAGGGGGCGUGGUGCAGGCGGGUGUGGCAGGGUUGAGAGGAGCUCGGCGCCCCAGGUCCCCACGCCCCGAGGUUCUCUCUGCACGGCCAAGGGGAGCAGGCGCUCGGGUCUCGUCUGAAGGGGGACGUGGCGCAGGGCGGGUGUUGGGGGGCAGUGAGGUCGGUAGACCGUGUGCCCUGGCCGGUGACUGGGAGCGAGGGGCCGAGGCCAGGUGGCAGUCCCCGUGGGGCUGGGCUGUUGGUGGCCCCUGGCUGGCCACGUGUGGGGUGCAGGACAGCCGGGGGUGGAGGCCUGGGUCUACCUGGUCGCUGUCAGAGGCUUUGGGGUGGCCACUCGGGGAGCAGGGUGGACCGCAGCACCCCAGUGGGGACGGACAGUUGCUAGGGGUGAGUGUGCCCGUCACCCACCUGCGUCCCCCAGCUGUCAUCUCAACCCUGGGGCCACGGCUUUGCUGCGGAGAGACAUUACAUUUUUGUCAGAUUUACCUUUUCUGUUUUUAACACCUUCUUGUUUGGUGUCUUGCUCAGACCCGCAAGCUCAGUCCUGUCCUCCCUCAACUGCUUUGUGGCUUCACUUUUCACACCUAAACCUUCGGGCCAGUUUACCCUGAUCUCUGGAGCGAGCUGCAAACCCGAGUCCCGUGGGGAGCUCGCUAGGUGUGCCCUCGCCGUCGGCUGCCUGUCCCCUGCCCUGGGGCCCUCGGCUGGCAGCUCCGCGGCCGUGGCUGUCCGCCCGCUCUCGUAUCCGUUCUCCCAUUUGGGGACCUGGCGUUCCUGGUUACUGCUGCUUAGCAUUUUCCUAGCUGUCAGGCUGUGCGUUUCAUCCAUUUGAAUUUUAGAAUUUACUUCUUAGUUAAAAAUUCUGUUUGGGGGCAUUAUGUUAAAUUUCAAGAUUGUUUUAUGCAAAACUCAUCUGCUUUCCCCCAAAGCAGAGGAGUGUGGGCAGCAGGGACCUGUUGCCUGCAGCGACUCCUAGGGCGGGGCCUGGGACCGGGGGUGGGGCCCGCCUGGCCUUCCUCCCCCGCCCAGAGCGGCAGCGGGGGCCACACUGGCCGGUUCCAGGUGCUGGGAGGGCCACCAGGCCCAAGUCUGCUCUCCCUGCUGUCCUGGCGCCCCCCCUUGCCCCUCCUCCCACACGCCUCGCUUCACCUCUGUGGCAAUUCCUCCUUCUUCAUCUGUUUGCCGCACUCCUAUGGACCCUGUGAAGCCCUGUGUAAAAGCCCCAGUCCAAGCAGGAAGCUCAUCCUGUGUCCUCUCCAGGCGCUUCCGGGCUGUCCUCCUCCUGGCCCUGGCUGUGCUCCUGUUGGCCAGCUUCCUGCACAGGGACGUCCAGUUGCUCAUGCCGCUGUUCCGGGGCCGGGCCGAGGAGCCGCCCGUCACCAACAUCAUGUUCCUCAAGACGCACAAGACGGCCGGCAGCACGGUGCUCAACAUCCUCUACCGCUUCGUCGAGAGCCACAACCUGUCUGCGGCACUGCCCGCCGGCCCCCGCGUCCACCUGGGCUACCCCUGGCUCUUUCUGGCACGCUAUGUGGAGGGCGUGAGUCGGACGGGCGCUGGCCCUCUGCGGCGCUUCAACGUCAUGUGCAACCACCUGAGGUUCAACCUGCCUGAGGUGCAGAAAGUCAUGCCCAACGACACCUUCUACUUCUCCAUCCUACGAAACCCCGUCUCCCAGCUGGAGUCUUCCUUCAUCUACUACAAGGACUUUGUGCCCGCCUUCCGCCACGUGGAGAGCCUGGACGCCUUCCUGGCGGCGCCGCGCACCCACUACAAGGCCAGCGCGGGGCUGCGCAACGCCUACGCCAGGAACAGCAUGUGGUUCGACUUCGGCUUUGACCACGACGCGCCGGCGGAGGAGAGCUACGUGCGUGCGCGCCUGGCCGAGGUGGAGCGGCGCUUCCAUCUGCUGCUCAUCGCCGAGCACUUCGACGAGUCCAUGGUGCUGCUGCGGCGCCGGCUGCGCUGGCGGCUGGACGACGUGGUCGCCUUCAGGCUCAACGCGCGCAGCGCGGGCUCCGUCACUCGCCUGGCGCCCAAGAGCCGCGAGCGCGCCAAGCGCUGGUGCGCGCUGGACUGGCGCCUGUACGAGCACUUCAACCGCAGCUUCUGGGCGCAGCUGCACGCCGAGCUGGGCCCGCGCCAGCUGCGCAGCGAGGUGGAGCUGCUGCGGGCGCGGCGGCGGGAGCUCACCGUCCUGUGCCUGCAGGACUCCGCGCCCAAGAACAAGACGCAGAUCACCGACCGGCAGCUGCGCCCCUACCAGUCGGGCAGGGCCAACAUCCUGGGCUACAACCUCAGGCAGGACCUGGACGCGGCGAUGCUGCGCACCUGUCAGCGGAUGGCGAUGCCCGAGAUCCAGUACAUGGCCCACUUGUACUCGCUGCAGUUCCCGGAGAAGCCCCCCAAGAAGAUCCCGUUCCUGUAGGAGUAGCGGGGCUGGCGCCAGGGA